AUGGCUUCUGGAUUUCCAAUACCUUCCGUUGCAGAUGCUGGUACAGCACCUUCAACAGGUACAAACUCACGUAUUCCUGUUCCAGCUGCAAAUUCAACACCACUGCCAUUCUCUCUCCGCUCACAUUCUGGCCCUCAACCUGCCGCAACUGCAAUCGAAAAUCCAAAAGAUGUAACGACAGCUGCUUUCAUUCUUCAAGAUGGAGCAAGUUUUCAAGGCGUAUCGUUUGGUGCGGAAGGAAAAAGCAUCUCUGGAGAGUGUGUGUUCCAAACCGGUAUGGUAGGCUACCCUGAAUCACUGACAGAUCCAUCCUACCGUGGACAGAUCCUUGUAUUGACAUUCCCACUCAUCGGCAACUAUGGUGUGCCAUCACGCGAGGCUAUGGAAGAAUAUCUCGAAGGCAUACCAAAAUAUUUUGAAUCAUCAGAAAUACAUGUGGCUGGUUUGAUAGUCGGCAAUUAUUCACAAGACUAUUCUCACUACUUGGCCAAAUCGUCUCUGUCGGAUUGGCUCAAGGAGAAUAAUGUGCCAGCACUCUAUGGUAUAGAUACCCGUGCUAUGACCAAGAAGAUUAGAAAGCAAGGUGUUCUAUUGGGAAAGAUCUUGUUCAGAAAGGCAGACGUUUCUUUCAUUGAUUCCGCGGCUUCUGCACUUGGACUCUCCAAAGGCAAUGAUCCCGGAAAGUGGCUAAAUGACUUUAACGAUAUUGAAUGGGUGGACCCAAACAAGCGAAACUUAGUGGCCGAUGUUUCGAUAAAAGAGCCGAAGAUUUAUAAACCCCAGGCUUCAAAAGCCAUCAAGUCUUCACAUGGGCGCACUCUCCGAAUCAUUGCUGUUGACGUGGGUAUGAAAUAUAAUCAGAUUCGCUGCUUCGUGUAUCGCGGUAUCGAGCUUAAGGUUGUUCCAUGGGAUUAUGAUUUUUCAUCUGAGCCGACUGAUACCUAUGAUGGUCUCUUUAUCUCAAACGGCCCCGGUGAUCCGACUAUGGUAAAAGCCACGAUCAAUCACCUCAAAACUGUGCUUAAAAACGUCAGGAAACCUAUCUUUGGUAUCUGUCUUGGCCACCAAAUCCUUGCUCUUGCUGCAAAUGCUAAGACAGUCAAAAUGAAGUACGGUAACCGCGGCCAAAAUAUUCCUUGCACAGACAAAAUUUCUGGUCGUUGCUAUAUUACAACACAGAACCAUGGCUAUGCAGUCGAUUCUACCACACUUCCACCGGAUUUUCAAGAGCUAUUUGUCAAUGCAAACGAUGGCUCAAAUGAGGGUAUCAUCCACAAGACACUCCCUGUAUUCUCUGUCCAGUUCCAUCCCGAAUCUGCAGCCGGGCCUCGUGAUACCGAGUUCUUAUUCGAUGUUUUCAUUGAUAGCGUAAAAGAAUGUGCUGAUUUGGGCACAUUAGCACCAAUAGCAAUGCCAGGUGGAACUAAGGCCGAAAACAUGAUAAAAAAUCCAAGAGUAUCGGUCAAUAAGGUGCUUGUCUUAGGUUCCGGCGGACUAUCUAUUGGUCAAGCGGGAGAAUUUGAUUAUUCUGGCUCUCAGGCUAUCAAGGCCUUGAAAGAAGAAGGAAUAUACACUAUCCUGAUCAACCCUAACAUUGCCACUAUUCAAACCUCGAAAGGUCUCGCUGAUAAAGUUUACUUCCUCCCUGUGACCCCGGACUUUGUGCGCAAGGUGAUUGAAUUCGAGAAACCAGAUGGUAUCUAUGUUACAUUUGGUGGGCAGACUGCACUCAAUGUGGGUAUUAAGCUCAAGGAUGAAUUCGAAGAUUUGGGUGUCAAAGUACUUGGUACUCAGAUAGACACUGUCAUCACCACUGAAGAUCGAGAUUUAUUUGCCCAAGCGUUGUUUGAGAUCAACGAAAAGUGCGCACCAUCCGCCUCAGCCAUAUCAAUUGACGAAGCAUUAAAGGCCGCCGAAGAUAUUGGAUAUCCUGUCAUCUGUCGUGCUGCAUAUGCUCUGGGUGGACUUGGCUCUGGGUUUGCUAAUAAUGAAAAUGAACUAAUUGCACUUUGCAACAAAGCUUUUGCAACUUCUCCACAAGUUUUGGUUGAAAAGUCAAUGAAAGGAUGGAAGGAAAUUGAAUACGAAGUUGUUCGGGACUGUCAGGACAAUUGCAUUACAGUCUGCAACAUGGAAAACUUUGACCCUCUUGGUAUACACACCGGCGAUUCUAUUGUCGUAGCCCCUUCUCAGACACUUUCCGAUGAUGAUUACAAUAUGCUCCGUACAACUGCUGUGAAUGUAAUCCGACAUCUUGGCGUGGUUGGCGAGUGCAAUAUUCAAUAUGCACUUAACCCGUUUUCCAAAGAAUAUUGUAUUAUUGAAGUCAAUGCUCGCCUCUCUCGCUCUUCUGCAUUAGCAUCCAAAGCGACAGGAUAUCCUCUAGCCUUUGUAGCCGCAAAGCUGGGACUUGGUAUCCCUUUAAAUGAAAUUUCUAACAGUGUUACAAAGGUGACCUGUGCCUGUUUCGAGCCUUCCCUGGAUUACAUCGUCGUUAAGAUUCCUAGAUGGGAUCUUAAGAAGUUUAAUCGUGUCAGCACCGCUCUUAGUUCUUCUAUGAAGUCUGUGGGAGAGGUUAUGGCAAUUGGUAGAACAUUUGAAGAAACUAUCCAAAAGGCCAUUCGUGCAAUCGACUACAAUCUGGUCGGGUUUUCUGCAGUAAGUUAUUUGAGUAAGAGUGAUAGAAAUCUUGAUGAUGAUCUCAGAAAUCCUUCGGAUCAACGUUUGUUUGCUAUAGCAAAUGCAAUGAACAAAGGAUAUACCGUGGAUCGUAUAUGGGAGCUGACAAACAUCGACAAAUGGUUUUUGAACAAAUUAAUGCGUAUUGUCAAUUUUGACAAGCGCCUCGAAGAAUUUACAAAAGCCAAUAUACCGGGAAAUUUGAUACUGUCAGCCAAACAGCUGGGAUUCUCUGAUCGCCAGAUUGCUAACAAGAUCAACAGCAACGAACUAUCUGUCAGAAAACUUCGACAAGAGUAUGGUGUCACACCAUUUGUUAAACAAAUUGAUACAGUUGCCGCCGAAUUCCCUGCAUUCACCAAUUACCUGUACAUGACUUACAAUGCAAGUGACCAUGAUAUUGCAUUCAAGGAUAACGGGGUUAUGGUUCUAGGAUCUGGUGUAUACCGCAUCGGUUCUUCUGUUGAGUUCGAUUGGUGUGCUGUUCGAGCUAUACGAACCCUUCGCGAAAAUCAUAUAAAGACUGUAAUGGUCAACUACAAUCCCGAAACUGUAUCUACUGACUACGAUGAGGCCGAUCGCCUUUACUUUGAAAACAUAAACAUGGAACGUGUUCUUGAUAUUUAUGAAAUCGAACAUUCUUCUGGUGUUCUGAUGGCUAUGGGUGGCCAAACCCCUAACAACAUAGCUCUACCUCUGUUCCGCCAGAAUGUCAAGGUUCUUGGUACUUCACCAGAGAUGAUCGAUAAUGCCGAAAAUAGAUACAAAUUCUCUCGUAUGUGUGAUCAGAUCGGUGUCGACCAGCCAUUAUGGAAAGAGUUGACCAGCUACGAUGAGGCUGACGAUUUCUGUAACAAGGUCGGAUAUCCUGUACUUGUCCGUCCUUCGUAUGUUUUAUCUGGUGCUGCUAUGAACGUUGUAUUCUCAAAGGACGAUCUAGCUUCUUAUCUCAAUGAAGCUGCUGCUGUAUCUCGCGAUCACCCAGUUGUUAUUUCCAAGUAUAUCGAAGAAGCCAAAGAGAUUGAAAUGGAUGCUGUUGCUUUGGACGGAAAAAUGAUAAUGCACGUCAUUUCGGAACAUGUAGAAAAUGCAGGUGUUCAUUCUGGCGAUGCCACACUUGUAUUACCCCCUCAGGAUCUGGAUCCAGAAACAGUGCGUAAAAUUGAAAUUGCAACAGCCAAAAUUGGUCGUGCUCUGAAUGUCACUGGGCCAUACAACAUUCAGUUUAUUGCAAAAGACAACGAAAUUAAGGUUAUUGAGUGUAAUGUCCGUGCUUCUCGUUCAUUCCCAUUUGUCUCCAAAGUUCUUGGAGUUGACUUGAUUGAAAUGGCAACAAAUGCCAUGCUUGGAUUGCCAGUAGUUCCUUACCCAAAGGUUGUAAUUCCUAAGGAUUAUGUGGGUGUUAAGGUCCCUCAAUUUUCCUUCAGCCGUCUUUCCGGUGCUGAUCCAGUGUUAGGAGUUGAGAUGGCAUCAACCGGUGAAGUCGCUUGCUUUGGAAGGGAUAAAUAUUCUGCUUAUCUAAAGGCAUUAUUGGCAACUGGAUUUACAAUCCCCAAAAAGAACAUCCUAUUAUCAAUCGGCUCAUAUAAAGAGAAAAUGGAGAUGUUACCAUCCGUACGGAAGCUUCAUAAUCUUGGGUAUAUCCUUUUUGCCACCGCUGGUACAGCCGACUUUAUUCAGGAGCACAAUAUUCCUGUUAAGUAUCUGGAGGUUUUGGAUGGCGGAAGUGAUGUUCUUAAGGCGGAAUAUUCUCUUCAACAGCACUUGGCCAAAAACCUGAUAGAUCUAUACAUCAAUUUGCCUUCUCGUAACCGUUAUCGUCGUCCUGCCUCGUACAUGUCUAAGGGCUAUCGCUCUCGUAGAAUGGCAGUUGACUAUGAUAUUCCUCUUCUCACAAAUGUCAAAUGUGCCAAAGUCUUUGUUGAGGCUCUUGCUCGUAAUCCUACUGGAGAUUAUGAUAUUCUUGGCAUAGAUUACAAGACUGGGCACACAUCUGCCACCCUUCCUGGUCUUUUCAAUAUUAAUGCAUAUAUGGGAUGUAGCCAGAGCUUUGGAGCAAUAUCAGAGACCUCAUUAUCUGCCGGAUUCACAACUCUUUCAGUCCACGCUUCUGACAUUCGUGAUGCUGCGUCUCUCGAAGCAGCCAAUGCGAUUGCUCGAAAAUACGCUCACACAGAUUACAUUCUCAAUGCUAUUUCUACUGUUGAUAACGCUUCAAGGCUAGGGGAACUUUCUGAAGACGCCGCAUUUGUUUAUAUCAAUACUGACAAAAUUGGCAGCGGAGAAGUCUCCGUUUUUGAUUCCGUAUUUUCAUCGUGGCCAAGCUCCCAUUUGAUUGUAGCCGAAGCUAAAGGCACAGAUCUCGCAACAAUUCUCUUACUGGCGUCCUUUCAUAAUAGUGUACUUCAUAUAUCAAAUGUGACAGGGAAAAGUGAUUUAGAUUUGAUUGCUAUGAGUAAAAAGAAGGGAUUGGAAGUUACUUGUGACAUAGCAGUUUAUUCCUUAUUCUUCACAUCAGAAGAAUUUGACAACACCAAGCUUUUGCCUACCAAAAAGGAACAAGCUGACUUAUGGAAGCGGCUUGAUAUUGUGGACUGUUUCUCUAUCGGAUCAAUUCCAACCAAGCUAUGCAAGGAACUUGGGAAACCGGUGUCUCCGACUGAUGGUAUUCAAGAAACACUACCGUUACUUCUGGAUGCCGUAUCUAAAGGCCGCCUGAGUCUCAAAGAUAUUUCUGAUCGUCUUCACGAAAAUCCUCGAAAGAUAUUCGGUUUGCUUCCUCAGCCAGAGACUUAUAUAGAAGUUGAGCUGGAUCGAAAACACGUUUGUGCUAAGAGCGAUGGGUCAUGGUCUCCCCUUGAAGGCCGAACCCUCUCAGGUUUAAUACACAGAGUUGUAGUAAACGAAACUACUGUAUUUAUGGAAGGCGUCUGCAAGUCAGAUGGUACUCUGGGUCGUAACAUGUCCACACAAGCCUUAGCUGUCAAAUCUGCUGUGAAGAAAAUCGUCGAAAAGCCAAUGUCUUCUGAUACAGCAUCUGAUGAAAAUAUCCGCCGACCUAACCCAGAAAAGCAUGCCAAGUUUGGAGCCACCCCAGAUGGGCAGUUGGUUUUGUACGAAGCUCCUUCGUUUGAACUCUCCGCUUCUCUUUCUCGAGUUUUGGGUCGAUCUCCCUUUUAUAAAAAGCAUAUUUUGCGCGCAAAACAAUUUGAUAGAAAUGAUUUGCACUUGCUCUUUAGUGUCGCGCAAGAAAUGCGUGCCUUGGUAGAACGUUAUGGAUGUGUCAACUUAUUGCAAAGCCGUGUUAUUACCACUAUGUUCUUUGAGCCUUCAACUCGUACAUCUUCCUCCUUUGAAGCCGCAAUGUAUCGCCUGGGUGGAAAAGUAGUCUCUGUGAGUGCAGCAACAUCUUCAGUACAAAAAGGAGAAUCACUUGCCGAUACUGUCCGUACCCUCGGUUGUUAUUCCGAUGCUAUUGUUCUUCGUCACCCACAGCCAGGCAGUGCUCAGAUAGCUGCAAAGUACUCAAAAGUCCCCAUAAUUAACGCAGGAGAUGGUAUCGGUGAGCAUCCUACUCAGGCAUUUUUGGAUAUAUUUACCAUCCGCGAAGAGCUUGGAACAGUCAAUGGUUUAAGUAUUACCCUGGUUGGUGAUCUCAAGAAUGGCCGUACAGUACACAGUCUUGUCAAGCUUUUGACUUAUUAUCAGGUUACAAUCAAUUAUGUGUCGCCCGAAUCACUUUCGAUGCCAGCAGAUCUUAUCGAGGAAGUAAAGGAAGCAGGUGUUACCCAGAAUACUUAUCGCUCAUUAGAUGAAGUUAUUGGUUCCACUGAUGUACUGUACAUGACGAGAGUUCAGAAGGAAAGAUUCUCAACCGAAGGAGAAUACAACAGCGUCAAGGAUUCCUUUAUUAUUAACAAUGAUGUCUUGAGCAAGGCACAGUCCCACAUGAUUGUAUUACAUCCAUUGCCCCGUGUAAAUGAGAUUGAACCUGAAGUUGACUUUGACCAAAGAGCCGCUUAUUUCCGCCAGAUGCGUUAUGGUCUUUACGUACGCAUGGCUCUCUUGGCUUUGGUUAUGGGCACAAUGCGCAGUUAG